AAUGAAGUUGGCAGACACUCGUUUUAUUUUCUAUUGGUGAUAUUCUUACUAUCGAUGCAGGCGACGACUUCUCAUUCCUUCGGACAGAUCUUAAAAUGCGACUUCUCAGCAUAGCAUCCGCAAGCCUAGCACUCUUCAGCAGCACCACACUUGCAGCAUGUCCUUACCAAAAUAGCGGCCAUGCUGCGUCUUAUCACGGCUACAACGCCCCUCACGCCAAACGGGAUAUCUCAGUAUCACUUACGUCCAAGACAGGCAACACAUCAACACCCCGUCCGGAUGGGAAAAAGGGAACCUUGAUGUUCAAUCGUCUUUCUCCACGAUCCUCCGUCCUCUACAUCGCCAACAGCGACGGCACAAAUGCUCGAAGACUCCUAUCCAACUCUUCUGCUGUCUUCGAAUACCAUGCGACGUUCUCGCCCGAUGGGAAAUAUAUCAUCUACACUUCCGAGAAAAGAGGAGCAGGCCAAGCGGAUCUGUAUCGUGUCCGGGUGAACGGAACUGGAAUCGAAGAACUCGUAGCGACAGAUGCAGUGGAUGAUCAAGGUGUUCUUUCUCCUGAUGGGAAUUGGUUGGCGUAUGUCAGUUCAGGUAAUGGCUGGAAAGCGAACAUUUGGGUGAAAGAUUUGGAAACGGGCGAAACCCGAAACUUGACCAACACGGCAUCCGUGAAAGGCGUCUCCUGGAGUCCAGACGGCUACUUCAAACCCGCCUGGUCUCCAGACGGUCAAUGGAUCGCUUUCAGCUCCGACCGCAAUACGGGCUGGUACAGUCACAGCGACGGAACAGCAUGGGAAAAUACGCAGGAACUUUCGAUCUAUGCUAUUCGACCCGAUGGAACAGAUUUUCGGCUUGUCGCCACGAAACCUGGUUAUGCACUCGGAAGUCCCAAGUGGUCUUCCGAUGGAAGACGUAUAGUCUACUACGAAAUGGAACGAACUCAAACCUACAACGCCCGUUCCGCAGGUCUCUGGAAUGACGCCGCGAAUCAGAUCUGGUCAGUAGAUUUCGAGACUGGCGAGACGAGGCAGGAGACGGAGACGAAUGUUCUUAAAGUUUCGCCGCAGUAUGUCAGUGAUGAGCUCGGAAUAGGGUACUUCGUCAAAAGCCAUGCCGAUGUUGCGGGGAUUUACUACACCAACAAGGCCAACGCCACCGUCACAUCCCGGACUUUACAGAUGCCAUUCAACAAUCCCUCCUGGUCUCCGGACGGAAAACAAGUCGUAUUCGAAGUCCUCAACCGCGAGCCUCCGAACCCUUCUCACAAACCUUUCAGCCCAGAUCCAGAAUGGAUCUACGCGAUCGGACGACAGUUCCCAACAACAUCUCCGGAUGGCGAGAAGAUCGCAUUCCCAGAUCCAUUCCGCAAAAAUGUAGUCAUCGCUAACGUUUCCGACCUCCAUCAUGCAGACAAUGAGGAUCUGAAAAACAUCACAAUUCCCGCCGCAGGGCCAAUCAGAAAUCUGACGAAUAAUCUCCAAGCACCACUGGAAGUGAUUCAACCUGCUUGGUCGCCCGAUGGAGAGUGGAUUGCAUUUGGAGCUGGAGGGUAUUUCCAGCAGAGACGACAAUACGCUGCUGCGAUUUAUCGCGUGAAAGCGGAUAAUAGUUCUUUGCCGGAACGGUUGACGGUUUUGAGGAAUAAUUCUGGUUUCCCGAGUUAUUCCCACGAUGGUAAUUCGAUCGUGUACCGUCAGUGGGGUCCUCCUGGGUCGGCAGGGUAUGGAUUAUACGUUUAUGAUAUUGCGAAGAAUGUCACUACGCAGCUUACGGAGGGAACGAUGAGUGAUAAUUUUCCAUCCUUCUCCCCAGACGGCUCGCGCAUUGUCUUCACGCGGAGGAUGAAUGUCACCAACUUCGAUAUUUGCACGAUCAAGCCUGAUGGCACGGAUCUUCAGGUCCUGACAGAUUCUGCUGCGAAUGAUGCCCACGGAGUAUGGACGUACGAUGGUAGUAGGAUCGUGUACUCGAGUGGUGCAUCAGGAUGGAAAGCUGAAGCAGCUACUUACGAUCAGGCCGAGCAACCAUACGGCCAGCUCUGGAUUAUGGAUGCGGAUGGCAGCAACAAGUAUCAGAUCGCUGAUAGCUUGUGGGAGGAUGCGAUGCCGAUCUAUCUUCCAGGCGUGUACCUGUAGACAGUCCAAAUGGUGCGACUUACCUUCAGAGGCGAAUCCAAGUCAGUCUUUGCGUCGGAGCAUCACCUUUACACAUGUUGCCGACGACGUACAGUUAUGAGGGCGAACAGCCUCGAAGAGAGCAACCUGCACGAAAAGUCAGUAGCAGCAAAGUGCGACCUCGGCAGCACCAAUACGAGCAGCACAAGGCCACACUUGCAUUCCAGCCUCUCUAACGAACAAGGAGAUAGAACUCCCGUCCGAUGUCACACCCAAUGGGGACAUAGGAGAGGUCGGUAGC